UUCAAAUGCCUAUAAAUACAAAUACCUCUUUAUUUAUCUCUCAUCUUUCUCCUCAACCUAUAAAAUAAUCAUCUUUUCAAAUUCCUCGCGCUCUAUUUUUCCAGAGACACAAACCCUAAUUUUUCUCUCCAAAAAUCAAGGGUAGAUGGCUGAUCAAGUAUUGGAAGGGAGCCAACCUGUAGAUCUAAAGAAGCAUCCUUCUGGGAUUGUGCCUACAAUUCAAAAUAUUGUUUCAACAGUCAAUUUGGAUGCUAAGUUGGAUCUCAAAGCAAUUGCUCUCCAAGCUCGUAAUGCAGAGUACAAUCCCAAGGAGGAAGAAGAAGAUGAUUCAAUUGAGGAUGUGUUGGCUGAUAUAGAAGAAGAUGAAAGAUUAAGGAGGAAGAAGAAGAGGGUUCGUUACAUUGAAGAUUUAUACAGAGUUACAGUUCCUAUAGUUAAUUAUAAGAAAUAGGUUACAUUAAUAACUGACUUGUGUUAGAAGCUAACUUAAUUAGUUAGCUAUAUGCUGAAAUAUUAUGUUUAAUCUUUUAAUCUUUCUCUAUUUUUUUGUUUUGAUAUAAACACUAUAUUUGAUUUUUUGGUAAAGAUUUAUGUUGCUAAUUAUUCGAGUUAUCUGAGUACAAAGAUAGAGAGAACCAAAUUGUUUAGGUUAUCAUUGAAUAUGAGUGGGGAACAAAAUUUUGUUUU